CUAUGCAGGCAUUCCUGGGUACAUGGGUGUAAAGGUGAUUCGGCUGAGCAAUGGAAGUGUUAUCGUGGACCACGAGGUGCUCCUGCAGCUUCACUUCUCAGACUUCAAUGCUUCCUAUGAUGAAUCCAUGAAGGACGUCAAACAGACCUUGCAAAAGAAUUGCACCUCCAAUGACAGAGAUCAGCUCUGCUUUACUGAAGGAGCAUCUCGUGUGACUGCAGUGCCCCUGAGCCCUGAAGAUCUGUCAAAUGAAUGCAAGAACAGCUCCUGGGUGGCACAAAACAUCCAGCAAUUUUACGUGGCACGAAACGUCAGUGGCAACCUUCAGUGCGUCUCUAACUGCAGCAUUUGGCACCCCGACCCCUUCAUCUGUGUGAACGGAAACUGCUAUGUCACCCCUGAGGGGCCCAGUUGCUACUGUGAGCAGUCGGACUCCUACUGGUUCGUGGGCCACCGCUGUGAGCAAGGCAUCAGCAAGGUGGGGGUGGCCGUGGGGGUGGCCCUGGGCCUGGCGGUGCUGCUGCUGAUCAUCCUGGUCUUGGUCGUGCUUCUCUGCUGGAGGCGCUGUUGCCGGAGGGAGAAAGGUCACAGGCUGAUGCAUUUGCCUCCCGAUGAAGAGAGGUGGUAUGAAAAUGAGCCUGACUGGGUGGCCCGUCCUGAAGGCCCCGAUCCGAGUGCCCCAGCAAUGGAAAGCAGCAGCGCUGCAGCAGGUGAAGACCCUUACAGCAGCAUGAGCAGCGAGCAAGACAGCUCCACCGCAGACCAGGGCUCCUUCCAACCCCGCCUGGACAAAGUGGACACGUCCCUGCCGAGACGGAUCGCUCGGCCCCAGUUGAAGCGGCCAUGAAGAAGCCUGGAAACGGGGCCACGGGAAGGACGCUGGGUUUGGCCGCACGCUGGAUUUGCACAGGAUGUGUCCCCAGGGGCCCACAUCCAGGAAGAGGCAGUGGAGCUGCAGUGACUACCGUGCUGCCUUCUUCUUGCUUACUCUCGCACUUUAGGACUGGGGUGCUGCAGCCCCCUUGAACACCAGUGCACCUCCUUGGUGACAUUGGAAGGAGGACGUGGAGGAGGAACAGGGCCCCAAUGGGGGGUAUUUGGGCUUCUGCCCCCAAGGACUCGCAUUGCCCACAGAGGCUGAACUUGCAGGAGCAAAUCCCUCAGCGAGGAGCCUGUGACCACUGCCUGGAUGCCAAAGCCAUCUGGUGCAAGAGGAGGCCGCCUUGCAACGGGUCUCGCGUCGUCUCUGCAGGUCGGGGACCACGGCUAGCACUUUUGGGAAAAUCGCUUUCUCCCUUUCUGCACCAGCCCACAAUCUGAUCUCUAGCUCAGUCAGUAGAGCAUGAGACUCUUAAUCUCAGGGCCAGGAUUCGAGCCCCAC